UUUAUUUUAUUGCAGUUGGUGACCCCGAAUGUGUAAAAUUCACUCUAGCAUUGCCAUCGAUUUCUUCGUUGAUCAAUCUAUUUUGCGUUGGACCAAAUAAAUUUUUUUAUAAACGUAUCUUUUGAUAAACUCGAAAGUAAAAAAUUGAACGCGCAAGGAAAAAGAUCAUAGGGAUAAAAAUAAUAUUAGCCAAAAGGCGAAUAACGUAGAGUGCGAAGACAAUAAGUAAUACAUACAUAUAAGUGAAGAAGAAGCAAAGAAAACGGUGGUAACACACACAAGUAAAAAAAUCUGAAUCAAAGAAGAUUUGCAGAAAGAAGUAAAACGAAACAAUUCAAGUUGUGUUCGUGUAGUAAGGAAAAAAUUUCGCUGCCCAGUUAAAAUUCGUAAAAAUUGUUAUUUUGUUGUUAAUAAAGCGUAAAAGCGCAAUACUAAUAGAAGGAAAAUGUCAACACCCGCACGCAGGCGUCUUAUGAGAGAUUUUAAAAGACUUCAAGAAGAUCCACCAACUGGAGUUUCUGGAGCGCCAACAGAUAACAAUAUUAUGAUUUGGAAUGCUGUGAUUUUUGGUCCACACGACACCCCUUUCGAAGAUGGUACCUUCAAAUUAACAAUAGAAUUUACGGAAGAGUAUCCAAAUAAACCGCCAACGGUUCGAUUUGUAUCGAAAGUUUUUCAUCCGAAUGUUUACGCAGACGGUGGCAUCUGUUUGGACAUCUUACAAAACAGAUGGAGUCCCACAUAUGAUGUGUCAGCUAUUCUGACAUCAAUACAGUCUCUACUGAGUGACCCGAAUCCCAAUUCACCAGCUAAUUCCACAGCUGCUCAGCUCUAUAAGGAGAAUCGUCGCGAAUACGAGAAGCGAGUGAAAGCUUGCGUUGAGCAAAGUUUCAUCGACUAGCCAUCCGCCACAGCAGCUAUACCACGCAAAUCAACUGCAGCUGCAAGUGCAGUGUGAACGGGUACUGCAACUACAGCAUCUACAAUGUUUUAUUGAAAUAAAAUUCGAAGAAGAAAAUAAUUAAAAUAUUAUAACUUAAAAUACACAUAUAUAUAUAUAAUACAUAAUAUACAAUGCAUAAAAACCAAAAUCAUACACAUUCGCACAUCUUUUUCAGUCGUGUAAGUUGUGUUGCUAACAAAUAGCAAUAAAAACAGAAUUAUCAAAAGAAAUGUAAAGAGAUGUAAUUGCACUCAUGGCAGCCAAACCCGUCAGAAUUAUAGAUGCAAGCGCGAUAUGAAGAACUUAAGAAGCAUUUGAAAAUGUAGCAAUUUAAUUGCCAUGCGUGACUGUUUCAUGACCGAUUGAUAUAACAAGUUGUGGUAAAUAAGUCAAUGUUAAAUCGAUACUACAGUUGAACAACAAAAAAAAAAUAAAAACGAAAACAAAAAAAAGCGUUUAGUGUAAACAUGCAAAAAAUACUGUUCGUCGCGCUUUACAUCUUCAGAAAUAAAUAGAAUUUGUAGAAGAAAAUAAUAUAUUAACAAAUAAAAUUCAAUAAUAUUAAUGUGUAUGUACCUUAAUGGAAAUUAUCUUCAGUGUAAUUUUUGAGUGGGAAUUUAGAAUUUACAACUAUCAUCAUUUUAAGUGGCUGGCCGUCGUUAGCUUCUAACAAAGGCAGUCUUCUAAGAAGUAGUUGGACAGAAAUACUUCCUUGCCGAUUUCCCAUUUCAGAUUUGCAAUAUUUAAUUGAAGGUUUGCUUCAUUUUGCAAUUGAAGCAACCGUCGCAAUCUCCUCACUUCCUCUGUAUGUUGCCAUUGUUUCAACUAACAUUGAUUUGGGUGCUCAGAAAGAUGCUUUGCAUACGAUUUUCCGUUCUACUACAGCAAUGAAAUUUAAUUUCUUUAUAUAUCUUACAAGAUAGUGCACCAGAAUAAUAAUGAAUACUAACAUAAAAACACUACAUGAAACCAGUGUCAAUAUUAUUAAGAAAAAAAUGUAAUUCUCUCGCAGCACUCAUUGUAAUUGUGAUGAAGAGAAAAAUUUACCAGAGGCAAAAUUAAGUCGAUGUUCGCAAUAAAUUUGUUAAAAAUGCUUUAUUAAAACUCACUUCAGCUACCCAUAAGCGUUUCAUUUUGCAAUUGUUUUUUGUGUGUGUGAAACUUAAAUUGUGGUAUAUUUAAGUGUUCAUAGAGCAAAUACAAUAAAACAGCAAAUAUUAUUUUACUAUGUUUAAGCAAUUACCAAUAAACAACAAAAAC